AGGGAGAAGCCGGAAGAGAGAGAGAGACGCGGAUCCCACAGAUCCCGGUUCAGAUCCCGGUUCCGAUCCCCCAUCCGCGCCUGAAGGAGAGCCUCCAGCGGGUCGCACGUGUCACGUGACUCUUCCUCUACCUGUCGAGUGUGUCUCCUGUCUCUGACGAUGUGGAAGGCUUCAGCUGGUCAGACGGUCAACGUGGCCGUGAGCGAGGACGCCGACGACUGGGAGACGGACCCCGACUUUGAGAAUGACGUGUCUGAGCGGGAGCAGCGCUGGGGGGCCAAGACGGUGGAGGGCUCCGGGCACCAGGAGCACAUCAACAUCAAGCAGCUGCGUGAGACGGUGUCCACGGAGCACACCAGCAUGAAGCAGAAGGAGCUGGAGACGAUGCCCAAGGCCUCGCACGGCUACGGGGGCAAGUUCGGGGUCCAGCAGGACCGCAUGGACAAGUCCGCUAUGGGUCACGACUACCAGAGCAAGUUGUCUGCUCACUGCUCCCAGACGGACACGUCUAAGGGCUUCGGGGGAAAGUUUGGAGUUCAGGCGGACCGCGUGGACGAGUCAGCUGUUGGCUUUGAGUAUGACGGGAAGACGGAGAAACACGCCUCACAGAAAGACUACUCCACUGGCUUCGGGGGCCGGUACGGGGUUCAGGCCGACCGCGUGGACAAGAGCGCCGUGGGCUUUGACUACCAGGGGAAGACGGAGAAACACGAGUCCCAGAAAGACUACAGUAAGGGCUUCGGCGGUAAGUUCGGCGUGCAGACGGACCGCGUGGACCAGAGCGCCGUGGGCUUCGACUACCAGAGCAAGACGGAGAAACACGAGUCCCAGAGAGACUACAGCAAGGGCUUCGGCGGUAAGUUCGGCGUGCAGACGGACCGGCAGGACAAGUCUGCGUUGGGUUGGGACCACCAGGAGAAACUGCAGCUGCACGAGUCCCAGAAAGACUACAACAAAGGGUUCGGAGGGAAGUUUGGAGUCCAGAAUGACCGCAUGGAUAAAAGCGCCGGGACCUUCGAGGACGUGGAGAAGGUGGCGUCGUCUUACCAGAAGACCAAACCCGUGGAGGCUGCCGGCAGCAACACGGGCAGCAUCAAGGCUCGCUUCGAGAACAUCGCCAAGGAGAAGGACGAGGAGGAGCGCCGGAGGGCCGAGGAGGAGCGCGGCCGCCGGCAGGCCAAGGAGAAGCAGGAGCAGGAGCAGGAGGCGCGCCGCCAGAUCCAAGAGGCGCCCAGGGACCCCGGUCCCAGCCCCUCCCCCAGCCCGACCCCCCAGCAGCAGGUAGGACCCGAGGACCUCCUGGCGCCUCGAGGCCGGAGGACGGGUCCGGAGGACGUGGUCUACGACACGGUGCAGGACCACGAGGACCUGGACCAGAACCCCCAGGAGGAGGCGGAGCCAGCAAAAGGCGGCGAGGACCUCGGCGUGACGGCGGUGGCGCUGUACGACUACCAAGCAGCCGGCGAAGACGAGAUCUCCUUCGACCCCGACGACAUCAUCACCAACAUCGAGAUGAUCGACGAGGGCUGGUGGCGCGGCGUGUGCGGCGGCGCCUACGGCCUCUUCCCCGCCAACUACGUGGAGGUUCGGCAAUGAACAAGAGGACCCCCCCCCCCGACCCCCCGACCCCCCCUUUCUCCACUCCUUUGGUUUUUUUCUCUCGUCACCUCAUCAUGAGACGUCCUCUGGGCUCCUAGCUCCUCCUCCCUACAUCCGGUCUCGGACUCCUUAUCCGGACCUUAAAGUCACUUCCUGUAUCUGGCCCCGCCCCCCCAAAUACUUCCCUCACCUGCGUCAGGUGUCGAUGCUUCUUCACACUUGCUGAUGUUUAGUGUCGGCCAAUGAGAGCCGAGGAGCCAAUGAGAGCGGAGCAGCUUGGUUAGUGACGUGGACCAGAAGCAUUUUAAAUAAGAAAUAAAAGAUGAGAUAAGUUUUUUUGCUGAGGCCAUGAAGACUCAACGCUACAUGCUACAUGCUACAUCUCAUAGUAUUAUUACUCAUCUUUAUACUUCGUGACGCGUAGAGGAAUUAUAGAGCUCCUCUUUGUGUGAGAGAAUGUGAUGUCAUUAAAUUCAUCUUCGGGGUUUUAUAAUAAAUAGUGACCUUUUCAAAUUAUUCUUCUGAGCCUCGUUUGAGUCACAUUAACUGCUUUUUUAAAUUUCAAUAAACUGAAUUAUUAGCGUG